GCCUCCGCUUCUCUCCGGUCGCUCAUUUUCCCGGGAAAUCAAAAGUUUGGAUCGGAAUUAUCGUUCCGAAACUUUUCCGGGAAAAUUCUAAUUCCUCACCAAUUCCGGUCUCCUCUGGGAAACUGAGUUCCCUCUUCCCUCAUUCUCGCGAGCGGGAGACGGGCGGCGGUAGUGUCGUUUUUUUUUUUUUCUUCCCUUUUCUGGGCGAUUGAGCUUCAUGCCUCGCUCGCAUUCAUAGUUGAUUGGGUUUGAGAUUUUAAUCUUCGGUUCAAUCGAUUUUUGUUGCCGGAGGAACUGAUAUCGUUUCCUCGGAACUUUCUGGAGGAGGAGGAGGAUUGGUGUGGAUAAUCGGUGGAGAUGGCUAGUCAAAGCGGUUCAUCGAGGAGAAGCUUAUCGCUGUCGAACUCGUCAAAGGGGAAGAAGAAAGCUUCCGAAAAUGGAGGAGGAGGAGGAUUCGACGCCUCUCGGAAAUCUCUUUCAUCUUCUCGUUCCAUGGGAUUAACUGGAGAGCGCACUGUGAAGAGACUGAGGCUGUCAAAGGCCCUAACAGUACCUGAAAGUACAAGUCUUUUUGAGGCUUGCCGCAGGAUGGCGGCUCGCAGAGUUGAUGCUUUGCUGCUAACUGAUUCCAAUGCACUACUCUGUGGUAUUCUUACCGACAAGGAUAUAACAACAAGAGUGAUAGCGCGGGAGUUGAAUCUUGAGGAAACACCUGUUUCUAAAGUAAUGACUAGGAACCCGACAUUCGUUCUCUCUGACACCCUUGCAGUUGAGGCACUUCAGAAGAUGGUGCAAGGAAAGUUUAGACAUUUGCCGGUGGUGGAGAAUGGGGAAGUCAUUGCUUUACUUGAUAUAGCCAAAUGCUUAUACGAUGCUAUUGCUCGUAUGGAGAGAGCUGCUGAAAAGGGAAAAGCAAUUGCUGCAGCUGUGGAAGGUGUUGAAAAAAAUUGGGGGACAUCCAUCUCUGGCCCCAAUACAUUCAUUGAGACCCUCCGGGAGCGAAUGUUUAGGCCCUCUCUGUCCACAAUCAUUUCUGAGAAUUCAAAAUUGGUAACAGUUUCACCAACAGAUACAGUCUUAGAAGCAGCAAAAAAGAUGGUUGAAUCCCGAUUAAACUCAGCGGUUGUGACGGUAGAAAAUAAACCAAGGGGAAUUCUAACUUCAAAAGAUAUAUUGAUGCGAGUAAUAGCUCAAAGUCUUCCUCCAGAUUCCACUCCUGUGGAGAAGGUCAUGACUCCAAAUCCGGAAUGCGCAUCGGUUGACACUCCUAUUGUUGAUGCUUUGCACACCAUGCACGAUGGAAAAUUUUUACACCUUCCAGUGGUAGACAGAGAUGGAAAUAUUGUCGCCGUGGUGGAUGUCAUUCACAUAACUCAUGCUGCUGUUGCCACUGUUGGAAGCUCUGCUGGAAUCAAUAAUGAGGCCGCAAGCACAAUGAUGCAGAAAUUUUGGGAUACUGCUAUGGCUGCUAGUCCAACAGAUGAUGAUGAAGAAACUAGAAGUGAAGGUUCCAUGAAGUUAACUUCCGAUGGAGGAGAUGCUGGGAGAUCAUUAUCCUAUUCAUCAAGCCAACCAAAUUCAUUUGCCUUCAAGAUUGAAGAUAAGAAGGGGCGGAUGCAUAGAUUUUCUUGUGAUACUCAAAGCAUGACAGAUGUUAUAACAUCAAUUGUCCAAAGAGUAGGUGAGGACAUUGACAGAAACAAUCUACCUCAGAUUCUGUAUGAAGAUGAAGACCAUGAUAAGGUCGUCCUUGCAUCAGACGGUGAUCUCGUGGCUGCAGUUGACCAUGCAAGGUCAGCUGGUUGGAAGGGUUUAAGAUUGCAUCUAGAUUAUUCGGGAACAGCCAAGCGAAGUAGAGGUGCGAGUGGUGGUGACAUGGCUUACGCUCAAGCAGAUGCUUGGGCUUCUGCAUACAGUGCCGUUGCAGCUGGGGCUGCUCUUGUUGCUGGGUUGGGAGUGUUGGCAUACUUGAAAAGAGCUGGUAACUAAAUUUCUACAUAGAUUCCCAAUUGCAAGGAACCUGCGGAAGUGGCAAACGAAAGGCGAAAUCCCGACAUUAAUUCUUGGGCGGUAUUAUAGCUCUUAAUCAUAUAUACUCCGGGGACUCUAAGCAGAAGGGGAAGAAAAGUUCUUGGCACUUGCUGUAGUUGUAAGGUUGUGCUAUGACACAUUUGUUUCCCCAGGUUUUGCAGUUCCUGAACUCCAGGAAUGGUUUGGCUGGUCGAUAUUUUGUGUCAGUAGAAAAAAAAUGGAGGCCUGCUGGUUCGAAAAUGAAUAGUAAUUGAUUUUUUGCUUCUUGGGUUUAGGCAGUAUUGUAUGUGGUGUGGUGGCCCUGGUGGGUGACUGCCACAGGACUGUGUAAACAAUCUUUGCUUUGUUUGCAAUCAAUUUGACUAUACCCUGCAAGAAUUUUGGGGACAUUGGAUAUUUAACACUGCUUUGUCUAUCA